AGGCCUUCCAUUGCUCUUUUUCCUCAACAACAAGAACAUAAUGAACAAUUUUUAAGAAAGAAAUUUAGAGAGAGAAAGAAGAAGAAGGAAAAAAGAAAAGUUUUUUUAAAAUUUGAAGGAUAGAGAUAAAAGAAAUGGGAAGAGCUCCAUGUUGUGACAAAGCUAAUGUUAAGAGAGGUCCAUGGUCUCCUGAAGAAGAUACUAAGCUUAAGAAUUAUAUUGACAAGUUUGGCACCGGUAGUAAUUGGAUUGCCCUUCCUCACAAAAUUGGGCUUAAAAGAUGUGGAAAAAGCUGUAGAUUGAGGUGGUUGAACUACCUAAGGCCAAAUAUCAAACAUGGCGGUUUCACUGAGGAGGAAGACAACAUUAUACUCAGCCUCUAUAUUAGUAUUGGAAGCAGGUGGUCAAUAAUAGCAGCACAACUACCAGGAAGAACAGACAAUGACAUAAAAAACUAUUGGAACACAAGAUUGAAGAAGAAACUGCUUGGAAGAACGAAACAAAACCAAAUAAAUGGCUCCAACUCCAAGGAGGACCUUCCUACCUUAAGCCCUUCUGCUUUAGAGAGGCUUCAACUUCAUAUGCAACUCCAAACUCAACAAUUAGGCCUUCCCAAUUCAUUUUCUCCUUUCAAUAAUCCUUCAAUUUGGCCUAAAUUACACCCACAAAUGAUCAUCCAAAACCCUAGUAAUUAUAACAAUUUUAAUUAUGUCAAAUUUAUUCAUCAAAAUUCAGGAAUUAUGGGUAGUAAUAAUAGUAUGAUUGAAGAUAAGAUGGAGGAUUCUAGCUUAAAUGGAUCAUCACCAUCAAUAUUAAGCCCUAAUCAUGUUGAUAAUGUUACUAAUGAUGGUUUUGAUGCUUUGAAGUCUGAAGGGUAUUCAACAGGCAUGCAAAGGGUUUUAAGUUUUCAAGCUGAGAUUAAUGAACUUAUUGGUAGUGAUGAUAAAGUUGGUAAUAUUGAUUUUGAAGGGAUUAAUGCUUGGUGGUCUAAUGACCCUAUCUCUAAUUCUACAUGUUGGGUUUGAUCACAGUGCAAAAAUAAGACCGCAUCAUCUUAUUAUCGCGGCCAUAUUUUAAGGUUUUUGAGUUUACCGCGAUGAAAAUAUAGGCUGCAUUAACCGCAAAAUAAUCAGUUGUAUUGACAUGAAAUUCAUUUUUCGACUGUAACCACGGUCGUGCAUAAAACCGUAUUUUUGCACAAUGGAUCUCUAAAAAGUAUUAAUAUAUUGUAUAACAAUAAUCAAGAUUAUGCUUGAUUAUUAUAGUAUUUAAUUUAAGUUGUUUUUGUUGCAUAGAAUUGUGAUUAGAGGUUAUAGAUAUUGGGAAAAAUAAUGAUGGAAUAAUGGUUUAUUUCGGUGGUUUAUAG